CACGGCCCAACCUUCCCCGCGGCAAAACCUCGCCAUGGCGAUGCUUCUCCGCCGCCGGAUCCCACUGGUUCGCCUCCUCCGGCCUCUGCAGACCGUCGCGGCGGCCUCCACCACCACCGCCCCCUCUCCCCAGCUGCCUCCUCUCCAAAAUCCUGUCACCGCCGCCGCCGCCUCGCCUUCUGUCGCACUAGGAUCACGCCUAGGGUUUCCCAGUGCUACACCGCGCGCGUCGGCUUCGAGCGCUGCCGCCUUUCUCGCUGCCGGCGCGGCCGCCGCGCUUGCGAUGCUGCCGACGGUGGCUUACGCCGAUGCCAACGAGGAGGGCGUGGUUGACGCUGCGGUGAGCACUGAUGCGGCACCGGUGGAGGAUUUGGCCCGCAAGGAGAGGAAGAGGAUAAUGGAGCUGAUUGAGACCCAAGGAAUGCUGCCCGGGUCGUACCCGAAGUUUGAUGUUGCAGUCAAGGGACAGAAGGUGGUCGUUAAAUUCAAUGUACCUUCCACUUGUAAUAUAUCACACCUCAUUGUAGAUCUCGUAACUCAUAUCGGACUUGAGGCAGAAUUUGCUGGUGGCUCAGAGAUGCUAUUGCGUGCUUGGGACAGUGCAGCUGCGCGCCAAAUAACGUUGAAUCCUCCGAAAACAACAGCAAGCACUGGAGAUAACAAUGAAGAUUCUCUUUGUGUUUUGAUAUUUGAGCCACUUGUCGGAUCUGAAUAUGCUGUUAGUUCCUGUGAAGUUGAAUUCAUCAAGCCUGGCAGUUUCAGUUUGAAAGAACUUGAAGGUUUGGUCAGUGCUUUAAAAUUAGCUGGGCAGAAAGAUGUUAAGACAUCAUCAGGGAAAGCAUCAACCAAAGGAAGUGGUCAGAGAUCUAAGUAUGCACCCUCUAUAGAAAAAAUUGUAUCUGAUUUAGAGGCUAUGGGUGUUAGGGUCUAUGGGUUUGAUGAAACCUCUAGUGUUCCAGUGGAUGGUACUGUCAUGUGGGAGAAUAUUGCUGGAUAUGAGCCUCAGAAAAGGGAGAUAGAGGAUACUGUACUCUUGGCUUUACAGAAUCCUGAAGUAUAUGAUGAUAUUGCUCGUGGUACACGUUGCAAAUUUGAGACAAAUCGACCUCGAGCUGUUCUGUUCGAAGGUCCACCUGGGACUGGUAAGACAUCUUCUGCUCGAGUUAUUGCCAAGCAAGCGGGGGUUCCACUGCUAUAUGUGCCAUUAGAAAUCAUCAUGUCCAAAUAUUAUGGUGAAAGUGAGCGCCUAUUGGGAUCUGUUUUUUCACUUGCGAACGAUCUUCCUGAUGGAGGUAUUAUUUUCUUAGAUGAGGUUGACUCUUUUGCUAUUGCUCGGGAUAGUGAAAUGCAUGAAGCUACACGAAGGAUAUUGUCAGUAAUUCUGCGACAGAUCGAUGGAUUCGAGCAGGAUAGACGUGUGGUUGUUAUUGCUGCAACAAAUAGAAAGGAAGACCUUGAUCCCGCCCUCAUCAGCCGUUUUGAUUCAAUAAUUUGUUUCGGCUUACCGGACCAACAAAGCCGUGCGGAAAUAGCAGCCCAAUAUGCAAAGCACCUGACGAAAUCUGAGUUAGUUCAGUUUUCCCUUGUCACUGAAGAGAUGGCAGGAAGAGAUAUCAGGGAUAUCUGCAUGCAAGCAGAAAGACAUUGGGCAUCGAAGUUUAUCAGGGGACAAAUUCCGAAAGACGAGAAGGGGGAUCCCCCUCUUCCUCCAGUUGACGAGUAUGUCGUAUGCGCCGAACAGCGAAGGAAGUCAUUGCCAGAUAGAACAAGACCAACAUUCAAAUCGAGUCCUCUGAAAUUAGCUUGAAGCUAUCUCUUUUAUAAGCUAGGGAUACUAUGUAGGACAUGUGAAUAGUUAAACUAGUUUUUCAUGUCGUGUUGUAGUUAUCUGAAUUCUGACAUCAGAAAAUGUGAUUCAGGGACGAAUAUCCUUUUUUAGAUGUGGAGAGAGACAUUCGAUAAAGGAGGUCUGCAUUUUUUUCCUGAACAAAUGUUUUUUUUUCAAGAACAUGCAUGA